AUGGACGGCGACACUGCACGUGCCGAGCCACCGGGCUUCUACGACGCGUUCUUCAAGCACAAGAGCCUCUGCGGCGUCCUCCUCAACAACGACGAGGUCGACGAAGCCAUUGUGGACCUCGAGCACCACGACCAAGACCUCCUCCCCGCCCUCGAGCUGGACGUGUUCACCGUGCACGGGUGGCGCGACACCGAUCUCAGCGGCGACGGCAGCAACGACGCCGCCAUGGGCGAGCGCAUGGUCUCGGCCAGCCCCGAGACGGUGGAGGUGCUCCGCAGCCUGGCCUGGCCGUACUGUCACGAGCCGGCGCUGCGCAAGGUCGCCGCGUUCAUGGCCCGCCAUCCGGGCAUCUUCGAGGACGCGCCGCGUUCGGGGCUUGCGUUCCUCCAGACCAUGCGCGUGCGCUACAAGGCCGACGUGACGGGUUACGACCUGGAGCAGUCCCGUCUCCUCAAGGCGAUCCGCAACGAACGGCUCAAGACGGUGGUCCCCGCUUCGGUGCUGGCCGCGUCCGCCGCCAGCGCAGCCACCGACAAGGACAAGGACAACGGAAAGAGUCCCGCCACGAGCAAGGCGGAACGUCGUACAAAGAACAAGGGUCCAGCGACGCCCACCAGCAUGCGUGAGAGGAGCGCUGCGGCGGCUCUGUCGCGGUUCAUCCAGGCCCACGACGAAGUUGACUGA